GCUGAAAUUCCCCCCUUCGCUCUUUCAAUACUGUAUGCGUGCGCGCUUGUUCGUUCGGUGAACUGCACUAAUUAGUUGAUUGCUUGAUUGAUCGAUCGGUUGGUUGGGCCCUGAUUACUUGGAAACCCUCCACUUGCCGUGAUACAGCUCCAGCUGCAGACUCAAGGGAGAGUGGUGGACGCGGGGACGGCUGCGCAUCCCCGAGACCUGCGUCGCCUUAUCUUCUGUGGGCUCCAUUGCCACCGAUACCCGUCAGCGAUUCGUUGAGAGCGAUCUGAGAAGGAGGAGCUGGUUUGUGUGUGUCUGUUCGUUUGUGUGUGUGUGUGUGUGUGUGUGUGUGUGUGUGUGUGUGUGUGUGAGAGAGAGAGAGAGAGAGAGAGAGAGAGAGAGAGAGAGAAGGCUGUACGUAGGUAAUUAAUUUACGUGGAAGUGAGCCAAGGGGAGAAGAAGGAAUAAGCGGAAAGCAAUCAUGCUGUACCGCGUGGCAUCGCCGAACCAGUACCUGGUUCGGACGGGAUGGGGCAUCAAGGAUGUCCGCGUGACCAAGAAAGGCUGGGUAUGGCCGGGGCAGCGGGGUGUGUUCUUCGACAUGACGCCGGCGAAUUACACGCUGAGCUUGCAGGCCAUGACCAUGGAGAAGCUGGAGUUUCUGACUCCAGCCGUGUUCACAAUUGGCCCGCACGACGAGCCAGAGGCUCUGAAGCGGUAUUCAAAGCUUUUGGCUUUGCAAGAUCGAGGAGGUGCGGACAACCAUGUGUCGGAGUUGGUGAAGGGUGUGAUUGAGGGAGAGACUCGCGUCCUUGCUGCGAGCAUGACGAUGGAGGAGAUCUUCAAUCAGAGAAAGCUUUUCAAGGAGACCGUCACUCGCAAUAUCCAAUUGGAGCUGGAUCAGUUCGGCUUGUUCAUAUACAAUGCCAAUAUCAAGCAGCUGCAGGAUACGCCUGGGUCAGAAUACUUCCAGUACAUGCGAAGCAAGACACACGAAGGAGCCGUCAACCAGGCAAAAGUGGAUGUGGCAGAAGCUCGCUACCGGGGAGAUGUGGGGGAGAAAGAGCGGUCAGCAUUAACGCGUCAGCAAGUGCACCGCAUUGAAGCAGAGACUGUCUCGUUCGAGAAUGAGAAAAAACGAGAAAUGGCAGAGUCGGAGGCAUCUCUUCUUGUCCAGAAAGCGGAUUACAGCAGAAGGGUGGAAAUUGCUAGGGUUGAAGCGCAACAAGCAAAGGCCAUCAGGGAGACAGAGCUUCAAAGGCAGGUGGAGGAGCGAAGGCAACUGGCAGAAACAGAGCGUCUGCGGGCAGAGAUGGUGUCAAAAGCCAUUGCAGAAAGGGAGAGCGUCAUGCAGAAAUCAGAUGCCAGUCUGUACAAGGAACAAAAAGCAGCAGAAGCUGCGCUGUAUGCCAAGGUGAAGGAGGCAGAGGGCGCACUUUUGGAGAUGCAGAAGAGGGCUGAUGGUAGUCUUUACAGCCAACAGAAGCAGGCGGAGGGACUUUACCUGAUCGCCAAGGCUCAAGCGGACGGAAUGCGCGAACUCAUUUCGGCCUUCAACGGAGAUAUUUCGGCGACUCUGCAGUACGUGAUGAUCGAGAAGAGGAUGUUCCAAGAGCUGGCGGCCGCAAAUGCCAAGGCCAUCCAAGGGCUUAACCCGAAAAUCACCGUCUGGACCACAGGUGGGACCGGGACCGAUGGUAAAGCAGAGGGCUCUGCCUCCCUUAAGCCGAUCCACGACAUUUUCCAGAGCCUUCCUCCGCUUUUCUCAACAAUCCAGGAGCAGACGGGGAUCGAGCCGCCGAAGUGGGUGGCCAGCAUGGCACCAAAUGCCGGCCCCUAUGCUGUGUCAAACUGAGGCAGCUGUGCGGAACGUCUACCGCACAAGAAAAGAACUCUUUCCCUGGCCACGGAGCCGAGAAGAUUCCGCAAACAUCGCAGAAAAGGUGUAUCAUCCCCAUGGCAUCCAUCCCGAUGCCGCAACACGCAGUCUUGUGACGCAUAUGAUAGAACCAAGUGGUCAUCUGACUAUAUGCAUCUGGAUUCGAACACGGGGAUGAAUUUCAAUUUCCAACACUUCAUGGAUGUGCCCACUGAGUUAUCCCAAAUACAUCCCCCUUGGUCAACCGAAGUGGUUAUCCGACUCUGCAUCUGGAUUCGAACAUGGGGCUGUAUUUCAAUUUUCAACUGUUCAUGGAUGUACCCACUAAGUUAUCCCAAAUACAUUCCCGUUGGUCGAACAAAGUGGUUAUCUGACUGCCCCCGUUGCUUUAACGAAGUGGUUAUCAGCUUCAAGCGUUCAGCAAUUUGCUCUCGGCGGACAGAAAGAACAUUGCCGCAGAGUCGGCAAAUCAUUACCAUGUUUUGAAGCUCGUUCAGGAGCGCAGGGGGUGGCUCCUUCCCUGCACACAGCUAUAGCAUAGCGGGUGGCUCCAUACCCCUGUAGUCUAUGCGGAUUCGUAGUCCUCCCCCCCUGUUGGAUCAUUUUAAGCCUUUUGGUCUUAUUUCGAUCGAACAGAUUAUGUUUCUACAUGGGCCGUCAAUGGCACAGGAACAUGCUUAUCCUUUAGUGAUGUGCAGCAGGGGCACCCUUAGUUCACCUGGGCCCCCUUUCUACCCCUCCUACCGCGUUAACCACCACCUCCUUCGUGUACUCCUACCCCACCACCUCCUUCGUGUACUCCUACCCCACUACCUCCUUCGUGUACUCCUACCCCACCACCUCCUUCGUGUACUCCUACCCCAGUUCUACUUCGGACUCCCUGCAAAUUGCCACCAUUGCCUGGCAGGACCUGAUACCUGAUAUUCUGCAGAUUCACUUGAGCAGUAAGGGAAAGCCAUAAAGCUUGGGUUAUAGCAUUGUACUGUUUGUACAUAUAUAUUAUAUAAAUGAUAGGGUGACAAAGCUACCACACUUUUUUACUUCUUUUUUUUUCUACUUCUUUUUUUUUUUUAUGGACCUGCCCGAACACAGACGGGACACCUACCACCACUCUUGUUUACAUAACUAUUUAAACUUCUUAAGAUCCCCUAUAGACUUGAUGGUGUUCAUCUGGAGGCCUCUUCCUGAUAAGACCGUCCGUAGUACCAUUACAUUUGAUGAGUAUUACAUAUGUGCGACACUGCUUGUCUUAUGCGCAUUGCGCAAGUAUUUUCCUCCCGUCGACGUUGAGGUGCUGCUGAAUCAGUUCUCAGGGCAAGCUUAGACACCCUCUGUACCGUCCCUUCGCAUUUUCAAGACACUGUCUAUCCGCCGACUCGGUGCCGAGUUUGUCGUUUGCCCGGCCAGCUUCCCUCUUGCAUCUCUUUAUAAUGUCCUGCUCCUGAUGUCACUUGGCUGUCCGGCAUGCAUUUAGUUUUGUUCCCUCCUCUCCCUCCCACACACACACCCAGGCCCCCACUUUUUCGUUCCCUCUUGGGUUCGAGAACCCCUUUACCUUAUACUCCGCUUGGUUGGUUUGCCGUGAUUAGCGCUUGCACGAUGAGCUGUUGAAUGAAGCAACAGCUUGGUGUACAUUCAUUAGGAUCGCUCGCUGCUUCGAUGCGAUGUCUAGCUAGAUCUAUAUGGCACUUGCUUUCCAACAGCUUAGUGUGCAUUCAUUAUGAUCGCUCGCUGCUUCGGUGCGAUGUCUAACUAGAUCUAUUUGGCACUCGCCUUCCUCACACAGUACUUGAGGUAUGUGUCUCCACCAUUCAUAGAAUGUGUGCCACAUGUAUGUCUCCCAUCUCCUUGAGAUUUUGCCUAGUCGAAUACUCUUUACCAGAAUGUGCUUGCAUUUUUUUUUUUUUUUUUUUUUUUUUAACCUCCUGCUUCAAGUGCCACAGAGGCCGCUGACAAGAGCAGCUGCUCCCUGUGGUGCUUCCCACAGCCAGCUCCGAAUCCGUGAAUCCUCCGAUCUAUUGCUGAGGAGCUGCACGUGCUGGAAACUGGGUCCAGUGUCCCCUUGAAUAUAACGAGUUGUAUCAUGUAUGUCUCCGUGUGCGUAUUUUUCAUGAGGAGGGUUUCGACAUUGCUCAACUGUCAGUUUACGCAGGUUUUGCUCAGAGCUUUCUUUGGGAAGUUAAGUUCUGUACGGUUUUAUAUCAAGUUAAGUUCUGACGGAUAGAAGCUCGUGUACGGUUUUUUUAUUUAGUUUAGUCUGACGGUUUUUUUUUAUAAGAGUUAUUCAACUUAUUCUUACUCGUCCGUUACUUUCAAAGAUUGGUUUUUUAUAAAGUUUUCUGAACUUUUUUCUGACAGUUUUUGAUAGAGUCACUGUUCUUACUCGUUAUCGUCGAGGACGGCUAUUUAGUAUUUACAGAG